AUGGACGCCACUGUGAGCCCCAGUGUUUCGGCGGGAACCCCCGCACGACCCCACUCGUCAGGCAGCACCAACAAUGCUGCGGACAUCUCAGUCAUUGUCAUCUACUUCGCGGUGGUCCUGGCUGUGGGGUUGUGGAUACUUCUUAAGACCAAUCGAGGGACAGUGGGAGGCUUCUUCCUGGCUGGCAGGGACGUGGUGUGGUGGCCAAUCAGUGCCUCUCUCUUUGCCAGCAACGUUGGCAGUACCAAUUUUGUGGGCCAGGCUGGGACUGGCGCAGCUUCAGGAAUUGGUGUUUCCGUCAUUGAGACAAAUGCAGUGCUAUUGCUGCUGCUCCUAGGCUGGAUCUUUGUCCCCAUUUACAUCAAGGCUGGGGUGGUGACCAUGCCUGAGUACCUGAUGAAGAGGUUUGGAGGGAAGAGGAUUCAAAUCUUCUUCUCUGUCCUUUCCCUGUUCUCAUGUAUAGUCACAAAAAUCUCGAGGAACAUGUUUUCGGGAGCCAUAUUCAUCAAUGUGGCCCUUGGGUUGGAUCUUUAUGUAGCCAUCUUCAUCCUAUUGGUCAUCACAGGGAUCUUCACUAUUGCAGGUGGCUUGGCCUCUGUGAUUUACACUGAUGUCCUGCAGACAAUCAUUAUGCUGGUCGGUGCUUUCAUCCUUACUGGCUUUGCUUUUGCAGAAGUAGGAGGGUAUGAGGCCUUCACUGAGAAGUACAUGAAAGCCAUCCCAUCUGUCAUCACAGAAAACAACGUAACUCUGAACCCAGAAUGCUACACACCCAAAGCAGACUCCUUCCACCUCUUCCAGGAUCCCAUCACUGGUGAACUACCAUGGCCAGGAGUCCUCAUUGGAAUGAACCUUGUUUCUGUUUGGUACUGGUGUGCAGACCAGGUGAUUGUGCAGCGGUGCCUCUCAGGGAGGAACAUGUCCCAUGUGAAGGCUGGCUGCAUCUUGUGCAGCUACCUGAAAAUGCUUCCUCUCUUCCUCAUUGUGAUGCCUGGUAUGAUCAGCCGCAUUCUGUUCCCAGAUGAAAUCACCUGUGUUGUACCUUCAGAGUGUGAGCAACAUUGUGGCACCAGCGCAGGCUGCACCAACAUAGCCUACCCAAAGCUGGUGGUGGAGCUCAUGCCCAAUAGACUUCGGGGACUGAUGUUGUCUGCCAUGUUGGCGUCACUCAUGAGCUCCCUCACCUCCGUCUUCAAUAGUGCCAGCACCCUGUUCACCAUCGACAUCUAUACCAAAAUCCGAAAGCAAGCAUCAGAGAGAGAGCUCCUGCUAGCAGGAAGGUUGUUCAUCAUCGUCCUGAUAGCCCUCAGUGUUGCUUGGAUCCCAGUAGUCCAGGCAGGUCAAAAUGGUGAACUUGUCCAUUACUUUUCAUCGAUAUUAAGCUACAUUGGGUCCCCUGUUGCAGCUGUCUUCCUGCUUGCCAUCUUCUGCAAGAGAGGUAAUGAGCAGGGGGAUUUCUGGGCAAUGAUAUUUGGACUUGUGAUUGGCCUAAUUCAUAUGAUUUCUGAGUUUGCCUACGGGACAGGCACCUGCAUGGUCCCCAGCCAGUGUCCCAACAUCAUCUGUGGAUGGCAUUACACCUAUUUUGCCAUUGUCCUCUUCACGUUGACAGUCUUGGUUGCACUUGGUAUUUCUCUGUUGACAAAACCUAUUCCUGACAUACAUCUGUACCGCCUUUGCUGGGCUCUCCGCAAUAGCCAGGAAGAACGCAUAGACCUGAAUCCUGAGCAGUAUGGACAGGAGGAAGCUGGAGACCAGGGAGAAGAAGAUGACCCAGAGGAAUCCCAAGGGUGCUGCAAGAGGGCCUGGAAUGCAUUCUGUGGGCUGCAGACAAAGACAGGCCCCAAGCUGACUGAGGAGGAGAAGGCUGCUCUGCAGAAGAAACUGAGAGACACCUCCGAAAACCCUUGUGGAGGAACGUGGUGA